ACCCUAAACAUUAUUACAAUGGCAUUCAAAUUCGUCACUUUGUUCGCUGCUCUCGUAGCUGUUGCCAGCGCCGGUGUUGUCCCAGCCACCCCAUUGGCCGCUGUCGAAGAAUACGAUCCUCAUCCCCAAUACUCAUACGGUUAUGAUGUCAAGGAUGCCAUCUCUGGUGACUCCAAGACCGCCGUGGAAACCCGUGAUGGUGGUUUCGUCCAAGGUCAAUACUCUUUGAAUGAUGCUGAUGGUUACAGACGUAUUGUUGACUACACCUCCGAUCCCAUCAACGGUUUCAACGCUGUUGUCCGUCGUGAACCUUUGGUAGCUGCUGUUGCCGCUGCUCCCGUUGUUAAGGCUGCCGUAGCUGCUCCCGUCGUUGCUGCCCCAGCUCCCGUCGUUAAGGCUGCCGUUGCUGCUCCCUUCACCUAUGCCGCUGCCGCCCCUGUCGUCAAGGCUGCCUACGCUACCGCUCCUUUCACCUAUGCUGCCCCAGCUGCUUAUGCCGCCGCUCCCGUAGUCAAGACUGUUGCCCCAGCCCACUUCGGUUAUGCUGCCCCAGCUGCUUAUGCCGCUGCUCCCGUCGUUAAGGCUGCCGUCCCUGCUCCCAUCGUUGCUGGCCCAGCUGUUGUAAAAACUAGCUUCGCAUCUCCCCUUAUCUCUUAUGCUUACUAGAUAAAAACGGAUCGACUGUGAUUGUUAGUUGUUAUUGCUGAAUAAAUAUAUGUGAUGAAUU